CAGAGGCGAACUGACAACUCAGGGGGCCCCCGGGCAAUAGGGGAUCAUGGGGCCCCUGUUUCCUUGCCCACAAUCAAAGCACACCCAAAAAAGCCUAUAAAAGGUACCAGGGGCAUCUCAUGGGACCCCCUACUGACCCAGGGCCCUCGGGCAGUGCCCGAGUUUCCAAAUGGUCAGUCCGCCCCUGGUGUGCAGUGAAAUCAGAGUAAACAAUUUUAGUAUAUAGUAUAGGAGCCUGUAUGACUGUGUGGAGUUCAGCUUUAAAGCAAACGUGUCAUUAUCAAAUGAUUAUAACUUUCUACUUCUGUACAUGCUAGCAUUGACAUCACCACUAGC